GGUGCUGUGCGGUUAUAACGCCAGUAUUAACGCUGCGUUGCGCCUUUUAGACGGGCGCCGACAAGUCACGUCUGCCUGCAUGGGGGCGGGUCGCUCGGUCUCGCAGCAUGUGCCGCUUUACGGGAAACACGGCAAGCAGGAAGUGGAGAGUUUACUCGAGAAGUGUUUGUGUCGUCAGAAGUUGCAUCUGAAAAGUUUGUCACGUGCAAAAAAGACCAAAAACGCCUUUCCGUCGACAACGCACCGCGGAGUCGUUGACGUCUCGUAAACCGUUUUAAUUCGCUUUUCAGGUCCUGAAAAGAAAACCAAACCCAAAACAAACUAAGGUAGGAUUUUAGUGAUCAAAACACUGCGCUACACACAGCAACACAGUAGGGCAUCAUGACUUGCGCACUCGAUGUAAGUGCAUAGGAAACAGCCGCGAGGACACGCGAGUGGAGGAAACCGCCAGCUGCCAAUGACCUGAGACACCAGCGAGGAGACCAGAGCGUUAGCCGGCGUACUGACAAGUUGAGGAUCAUGAAUCGAGUGCCGCUGCAGCAGCCACAGAGCUGUGGGCCCUGGGAGCUGAAGGAGCGGUUGGGGACAGGAGGCUUUGGGAAUGUCACUCGAUGGCAAAAUAAGGACACUGAGGAUCAGAUUGCCAUAAAGCAGUGUCGUCAGGAGCUGAGUGAGAGAAACAAGGAGCGAUGGUGUUUGGAGAUCCAGAUCAUGAAGAGGUUGGACCAUGUUAAUGUGGUCGCAGCCCGGGAGGUUCCUGAAGGAAUGCAGAGACUGGUGGCCACCAAUGACCUGCCGCUGCUGGCCAUGGAGUACUGCCAGGGAGGGGAUCUGAGAAAGUAUCUCAACCUUCUGGAAAACUGCUGUGGAAUGAGAGAGGGCUCUGUCCUGAUUCUCUUACGUGACAUUUCCUCAGCUCUCACCUACCUCCAUAACAAGCGGAUCAUCCACAGGGAUCUGAAACCUGAGAAUAUUGUUCUUCAGCAGGGAGAGAAGAGGUUGAUCCACAAGAUCAUAGAUCUGGGCUAUGCCAAGGAGCUGGACCAGAGCAGCCUGUGCACGUCAUUUGUGGGAACCCUGCAGUACCUGGCGCCAGAGCUCAUUGAGAGGCAGAAGUACACCGUCACUGUGGACUACUGGAGCUUCGGGACGCUGGUGUUUGAAUGCAUCACAGGUUUUCGCCCCUUCUUACCGACGUGGCAGCCCGUACCCUGGCAUAAUAAACUGAGGAUGAAGCAAGAUGAUGACAUUGUGGUCUAUGAGGACCUCACCACAGAGGUCCGCUUUUCCAAACACCUGCCCCAGCCCAACAACCUCAAUAGUCUGUUGUUGGAGAAGCUGGAGAAGUGGCUGCAGCUGAUGUUAAAGUGGUCCCCCCAGGAGCGAGGCAAGGACCCACAGUCCACACCCAGCGACUGCUUCUCUCAGCUCGAGUUAAUACUGCAGCUCAAGCUGGUUCAUGUCCUGAACAUGGUCUCUGCUAAAAUCCUCACGUACUCUGUCUUGGCCAAUGAGAGUGUGGCUGACUUGCAGCAGCGAAUAGAAAGAGACACCGACAUCCCUCCAGCCAAUCAGGAGCUGCUGCUGGAGGCGGGACUUCCCUUGGAGACCCACGUAGAGGCCUUGCAGUAUGCUGUGGAUUACACGAAGAUAGAUGGACGCUGGACAGACAUGGUUCUGGUCUUCUUGUUCGAUCGCUCUUCCUGCAGUUAUGAACCCCAGCCCAGUCCUCGCACCCUCCCCGAAAACAUACGCUUUGUCCACGCCGACCCGAAGCAUAUUCUUCCCUACAGCCAUCUGAGGAGGACCUGCGGUCAGGCCUGGCACACCAUCCGCUCCCUGAAAGAAGACUGGCAGAGACUGCAGCAAGGGCAGAAGGCUGCCAUCAUGAGCCUGCUGAGGCACAGUUCGUCGCUGUCCAAGCAGAAGAACGAGAUGGUUUCCAUGCACCAGAGACUCACCGCCAAGCUGGAGUUCUUCACCACCAGCCUUCACAUAGACAUGGACAAGUACCAGGAGCAGAGGGCCACGGGGAUCGCGUCAGAGAAGCUGCUCAGCGUAUGGCGGGAAAUGGAGCAGACUGCAGUCAGCUGUGGUCAGGCCAGGGUGACUGAGCUGGAGGAGGAGAUGAUGCAGCUGCAGACAGACAUAGUGGACUUACAGAGACAGCCCUGGAGGAGCGGGGAGGCCCUGGACACACUUGAGGGAAAGGCCAUGGAGCUGUUCCGCAAGCUCCGAGAGAAGCCCAGAGACCAGAGGUGUCCAGGGGACAGUCAGGAGGUGGUGCGUCUGGUGGUGCAGGCCACGCAGUUCUACGAGAGGAAGCUCCGAGAUUUCUACACACACCUCAGUAAGACGGUGGUGUGUCGCCAGCGAGUGAUGGAGCUUCUACCCAAGGUGGAGGGCGUGGUCCAGAGGAUGGCCGAGAGCGAGCAGGUCCUCAUGGGUCUGCAGGAGAGACGACAGAGGGAGCUGUGGAACCUGCUGAAAGUGGCCUGUAGUAAGGUUCGCAGUCCCAUGAGUGGGAGUCCCGAUGGCAUACGAACCCCCUCCUCUGUAACCCACCUAACCACCCCCAGACACAGCCUACAGCAGUUUGAUGAUUCCUUAGUGGAGGAGAGCAGGACGUUCGAGAGUCGACUCCAGAGUCUGCUGCACGACACCAUCCAGGAAUCGGAGAGCAGCAUGGAGGUGCUGAGCGAGUGGAGAUGGCUGAACGGACAGGAUUUCUCCAGCGACGUCUCCUAAAUGUGAUGACAGCUGGAGGAGGUGCAGAACUCUGCUGCCUCUGUGUGGUUUGGAUGGGGGAACUGCAUGAGGAUGCCUAUGAGUUCUUCUUGUGAUUUUUUUUUUUUAAAGGACAUUAGAUAAGUUACUGGUGGGGCUGGUUAUCUGCUUUAUGAGAGCUGCGAUCAGCCAAAUGAUAAGCCCAUCACCACCAAUCCAGUCUUAUUUUAUGAGAACAUGUUCGCCACCGUACAGUGCAUUGUGUUGUAUGCUGUCUGUGAGUGGAUCAAUUAUGUUUAUCAGAAGAGUUGUAUGUUUUUAUAUCCAUGUAUCUAUGCAAAGUAAAUGUUAUUGGCUCAGAACAAAUAUUUUUCCAAAGUAAAUGAAAUGCACAAGACUUCUCAAGCGAGCAUUUGGAAACAUGCUGUAUGUUAAACAGGUAUCAGGGAUUGCACUAGCUGAUUUUCCUCUGAGAAAUCGCUCAUCUGUUAUAAAAAUCGAAACAGAGAAUUCCCGCAGCACGGUGGCCCGGUGGUUAGCACUGUUGCCUCACGGCAAGAAGGUCCUGGGUUCGAACCCCGGGCCAUCCCAGUUCCUUUCUGUGUGGAGUUUGCAUGUUCUCCCCGUGUCUGCGUGGGUUUCCUCCAGGGUGCUACGGUUUCCUCCCAUCAAAAAAAAAAAAAAGACGUGUUAGGGUUAAUACUCCUGCCUGUGCCCCUGAGCAAGGCAGUGGAAGAAGAACUGGAGUUGGUCACCGGGCGCUGCAGCUGCCCACUGCUCCUAUACAAUAGGAUGGGUUAAGUGCAGAGGAUGAAUUUUGUUGCAUGCGUGCCUACAGCACCAAAUAAAGUGUCUUCCUUCCUUUCUAAACCAGCGUGUAGAUGGGCUGCAGCCUGCACGCCGUAUGAAACCGAACCUCUCUCUGAACGGUACCACACAUUACAACCGUCAACUCACACCACAUUCCAGGCUCACAGACGGGCAGAGAUGAUCUGAAUGGAGUUCGUAAAUCUACUGCAAAGAGGUGACCGGAAAUAUUUCUCUCUCCACGCUUUGUGUAGCCACACAUUUUAGCCGUAUUUCAGUUGUCUCCGUUUUAUCGUUGGUGCAUUUGUUGACUGGGUAAACAUUUAUCAUUGUGGACUCGAUAUAAGAAAAAGACUAAAGAUGGUUCAUGUAUAUUCAUGGUCACUAAAAAAAUUGGGUCUUUUGUGUUGUCGUGCAGAUAUUCCUGCAUUGUGUUAUGGAAUUAGUGUCUGCUUUUUUUAACAUUCAAAUGAGAUUUUAAAAUCCUUUUCGUUUCUUAAAGAUUUGUAUAUAUUUAUAGUUACCAAAAACAAAGGGGCUUUAAUGGCUGUAUACUGAAUGACUAAAAGCGUUGUACCCACUUUAAUAUAUAAAGAAAUACAUGCAGCUUCCGUCCUUUCCUCCAA